GCUCACCCGGCUACAACUCACUCUUGAGUUUACGCUCUUUGGCUUCACUCAUUUCCGCCUCACCUUCGUUCUAGGCGAAUACUUGUCAUUUCAUCAUGUCCACAACAUCCUCCCAUGAAGAGCGCCAGUCGCAGCUCAAGCUCAUCCGUACCAAGUCUGGCGCGGUGCGCAUCUCGCAGGCGUGCGACCGCUGCCGUAUCAAAAAAAUCAAGUGCGACGGCUCGCUCCCGUGCAACAACUGCGCCAAGGGUGGCUUUAACUGCUCUAUUAGUGAUAAGCUCACGCGCCGCUCAUUUCCCAAGGGCUACACCGAGAACCUCGAGCGCAACAUUAAGGCGCUCGAAACAGAGAAUAACGAUUUGCUCUUGAAGCUCGAGGACAUGAAGCAGCAGCUCAAGCAGGCGGGCGCGCCCGAGCACCGCGAAGCGAACUUGACGGACGCGAUCAAGGCGUUGUCGAAUACAAACCCGAACCCGAGUGUCCCAGAUGCGGAUACCCCCGCGAGUGCUGCGAGCGCGGCACAGGCUCCCGGACCCGUCCACACCUACAACAACUACAUCAUCAACGAGCAUGAACUCAAGGUUGUGAACUGCGAAAAGUUCAAGAGCCUUUCCAACAAGUUUAAUGAGCUCCUCUUUGCGCUCAACCUCAAGCACCUCGCGGCACCGGUCGACCCCUCCGUCUCCACGUACAGCCGCAGCCUCGACUACGCGAUGGAGAACUUCAAGCUCGACGACUACCUCUUUAAAAUCCUCUCACAGGUGCCGAAAUACGCUCAGACGAUGGACCCCAUGGACAUUAACCACCGCAGCAACACCCACAUUGCCAAAACCAGCGAAAUCUUCGACAACAAGCUCAAGCUCGACCACGUGUUGCUGAACUACUUCCACCACUACAACUCGCUUAUUCCCAUUCUCACGUUCAAAAACUUCCUCCCGCACUACCUCAAGUUCAUCAACAAGCUCAUGGGCGUGAAGCAGAAGGCGCUUCUUGUGCUGCAGUCGCAAGCGGACCCCACGCACAUCCGCUACGCGUUGCGCUCGGAGUUGAUCCAGCUCAUCAAGGACUACAAGCUCGUGAUUAUCCAGAUCCUCAUGAUCACAAAAAUCACGCUUAGUCUGAACCCCCUCCACCUCGAGGACGACUUCGUAGACCCCCUCAUCCUCUGCUCGUCUUUUAACAAUGUGUGCAAGAUGUCCCUCAACUCCAUCUCGGUCCAGCUCCUCCUCGUCCACUACUUGAUCAUCAACAACGACCAGACCAACAGCUUCAAGAUCCUCCAUCUGCUCGAUCUGUUCAUCACCCUCAACAGCUACACGUCUAUCUACAACGUCCAGGGACUCUCCACGCUGGCUGCACAUUUGGGCAACGGCAUUGUGACGGCUGCGGGGCCCGCGGCGCAGCUCCAGCAGAACGUGUGGGACAACAAGAUCCGUCUCAAGAUCAUCUGGUCGUUGAAGAUCCUCACGCAGAUCUACCGCUUGAAGUUUGGCCACUCCGUCACGACGAUUUCGGGCACCCCGCGAGACGCGAUCCCGAAGCUCAACUCGUUUGUGAAGGACAGCAAGCUUAUUCCCACGAACUUGUUCCAGGACUUGAUCUUCGCGAUCCGUGAGUCACCGUUCACGAUCGAGUCGCUCAUUGAGUUGGACGCACUCAACCAUGGACUUGAGAGCUGGCGCAACGGUAUUAAGCAACACCAGGCAAACUAUUACCACGAGUUCAGCAGCGGCAGCGACAUCGAGGUGAGGGUUUUUGGGAGCAACAAUUUGUCUCAGACGACCAACCUCGAAAAAAGUUUGAUCAACUACCAGUUAUCCGUGUUCUACUUCACGUUAAGGGCCGAGUCGUACCUUCCGUUCUUCAUCAACACGCUCCAGUCGUCGGGAGAGGCAAUUGGCAGAAAGUCCUCGGAAAAACUCAAGUAUGAACACUUUGUCACGCUCGCCUUCAUCUCGGAGCAGUUCCUCACGUACACGCUAUUCGUUUUCGACAAGAAGAACGACGCCGACUACUCGGCACCACAGGCGUAUGCAAGUGACGGCGAGUAUGCCGCGCUCUCCACGAACAUGAUUAUCCUGAACCUUUGCGCCCUUAUCGACUUCCCAAAACACAUUGUUGUGAACUGCUUUUACCUCAUCUACUGCUGUCUGUUGAUCUUCAAGCCAAACCCACAGCACCACGCGCGUCUCGCGCGCUGUCUCGCGAUAUUGCAUGCGGUGUGCGCAUUGUUCACCGACAAUACACGUGUAGCAGACCUCGUGCGCUCCGCAAGCCAGGCGAGCACCGCUGGCUAUGAUGCAAACAAGAUCCACGAAACCAUCAAGUGCAUCCGCAGCGAGACCAGAGUGCUCGGCGAGGGCGUCGCUGUCCAAGAUGUUGCCAGCGAGCUCUUCCGCGACCCACCUGCGCACGAUACCAAGCGUUUUAAGUUCGCGAAGCCUGCGUCGAACUCAGAUGCGGACUUCUACUCGGAUACCGCAUCGCUCGUGUCGUCCGCCGCGAAUGCGCCUGCGGCCGCGCCCUUCGAAUGGGGAACGCAAAUGUCGCGCCAGAACCUGAACGCGUCGACAAGUGCGGACCCAGGCUUCGAUGACUUCCGGGUGCUGCCAGACGCGGAUGCGCGUGCGAACACGAACGCGGCCUUUGCGCGCGACUCGCAGUCGUACACGGGCCACGCGUAUGCGAGCCUGGCGCGCGCGCGUUUGCGCCGGAAAGAGGAGCUGGUCAAGCGCUCAGGGCCCAAGCAGGGCUUUGAGGAUGCGCCUCUCGACCAGCCCAGCUACGAGAUCUUGUUCAAUUGGUCGUCCAACUUGGAGAACUUGAAGGAUGACUACAUGUUCACCAACCAGGCGCAGCCACCGGAAUUUGGCGAGUUUGCGGAGACAAGCAAUCCGUAUCCGCAGGAUGUGAAUUCAUUUGUGGAGACAAGUAGCUCGUAUGCGGGGUCGAACGGCGCGUAUGCGCAAGAACCUACAGCUACAAAUCAAUGGAACGGGAGCUAACAGAAGUGACUUGCUGAAAUGAAUUCGCAGUUUAGAUAUGGCUUUAUAGGAGCCAAGGAUAUAGCUAAUUGAUGGUGGCAGAUAGCCAAAGUACAGUGGAAAGUUGCAUAGAGGUGGGAUAUAUGCUUUUGGUAGGCUAAAACUGAGAGGAAAUAUAAGGCUCGGAUAUACGAUAAAGGUCUAGGAAUCAGCCAAUCUUUGCAAUUAUGAUUAAAGUGGUUGCGUAUAUUGGUCUUGUAUCGCACUUUGUCGAUUUCUGGAAUCACCGGUACUGGGUACAGAAAGUAGCGAUGGCCGGUUGCAGUG